AUGGCUAAUGGGAUUGCAGUCGUUGAUAACUGGAUUAGCGUUCCUGAUCCCAGAAUAUCACAACAACCUUACUACACAAGCUACCCAGCACCUGCUGGAUAUUACCAGCUAUACAGCCCAGCGGGCGUAGUCUGGGAAACGGAAACCUUGAGCUCUUGGUCAGAAUGGAGUUGCGAUCACGACAGUCCUUGUUGCGGGUGCGACUGCGACUGCCGGCCUGAGAUUAAGCAUAUCAAUUUGGGAGAUCAACGUGAACGAAGAGAGCAGAAUAAGCGAGACCCCCCCGGCACUGCCAAUGUCCAGAACCAUAAGGUCACCUGCGAGCCAUCGCCGUCCUUGCACGUCGACGGCAAGCCCAACGCUCAACACUACAUGCGACAAUUUUCAGACAGAGAGGCACUCCAGUACGAUAAACAAGACCUGUCGUCUAUGGAAGAUCUCAUAUACCAAGCCGCUAAACAACAGCGUCACCUGGACGACGCCCGGAGAAGAAUACAAGAUUGGAUAAAGAUCAUGCCUGGACUUGUUAGCGACAACAUGACUCAAGCAACAGAGCAAAAGACCGAAAAGUGCCAUUGCAAGGGUUGUAAAGAAGAAAGAAAGCGAGAAGCACGGAGUGCUGGCAAGGGGAAGAAACACAGGCACAAGCAAGAGGCAGAGAAGAAGAAGAACAGAAAGAAGUCUAGACGAUAG